CAUCGAGCAUUUGCCAUAAUGCAUCGGUUCCCAAAAGUAAUAUAGUAAACCCUAAACCCUCGGCUGUGUGCUUGCAAGCAAAGCCAUGGCGAAAUCAUCAAAACGCAGCAGCACCGACCCAUCGAAGAAGAGCAAGAAGAAGAAGAACAACAAGUCGGGUCCAGAAGGCGUAGCUAUGAAAGUGAAGGCUCCGAAGGCCAACAAUCCCUUUGAGUCCAUCUGGUCCAAAAGGAAAUUCGACGUCCUCGGCCAGAAACGCAAUGGCGAGACACGUCGUAUGGGCCUCUCUCGUUCCCUCGCCAUUCAGAAGCGCAACGACACACUCCUCAAAGAGUACCAACAGAGCACCAAGUCCUCACUCUUCCUCGAUAAGCGAAUCGGUGAGAAAGACCACGCGCUUGACGAGUUCGGGAAAGCCAUCUUGAGAUCCCAACGCGAACGCCAGGUGAACAUGAAGCUGAGCAAGAAGAGCAAGUAUCAGUUGUCCGAUGGAGAAGAAGAUGACUUUGAAGGAAUUGAUUCUCUUGGAAGAGAUGAUUUUGAGGAUGAAAUGCUUCCUGAGGAUGAUGUUAAUGAAACUGAUGAGAAAUUGGAUUUGGUUCACCGUAGUGUGCGGAUUCCAGAGGAAAUCAGUGCGGUUGAUGGUGAGGAAAAUAGACAUAAAAGCAAGAAGGAAGUGAUGGAAGAAAUCAUCUUAAAAAGCAAAUUUUACAAGGCUCAAAAAGCAAAAGACAAGGAAGAAAAUGAACACUUAGUGGAAGAAUUGGAUAGGAACUUCACUUCUUUGGUUCACUCUGAGUCCCUGUUAUCUUUGACUGAACCCAACAAGAUGAAUGCUUUGAAGGCUCUGGUGAACAAAAGUAUUUCAAAUGAACAUAGUAGUAAGGACCACUUGUCUGCUACUCGCACAUUGGAUACUUUUGUGCAGGAAAAACCUGAUGAUUAUGACAAACUUGUCAAACAAAUGGGAUUGGAAAUGCGAGCUCGCCCUUCAAAUAGGACAAAGACACCAGAAGAGAUUGCUCAGGAGGAGAAAGAACAUCUAGAACAAUUGGAGGAAGAGAGGCAGAAGAGGAUGAUUGCUGCUGAAGAUUCAAGUGAUGAAGACAAUGAAGAUUCAGAAAAGCCAUCCAAACAGAAACCAAGAUCACUCUCUGGGGAUGAUCUUGGUGAUUCCUUCUCUGUCAAUCAAGAAACUGUGACUAAGAAGGGUUGGGUUGAUGAGAUUCUUGCAAGAAAAGAUGAGGAAGAUUCUGAUAGUGAAGAUGAUGAUGGUGAAGAUUCUGAUGAUUUGUGUAGCUCUGAAGAUGCUGAAGAGGGAUCAGAUGAGGAUCUUGAUGAAAAGGAGAAGGAUCUUUCUUUGAAAGAUUGGGAACAAAGUGAUGAUGAUGAUAUUGGUACAGAUACAGAAGACGAAGAUGAUAAUGAUGAGGACAUAGAAGAUGCAGUAGAAAUAGAUGGAGUAAAAGGAUUGGAUGCUGGGGUUCAUAUAAAGGCAAAGAAAAAGGAUUCUGUUGAAAAUGUGAAAAGAGAUAAGGAUUCUUUGGGUGCCAAGAAGACAGAUGUUGGAGGAAAACAAUCAAAAGAGUUGGAUAUCCCUUUUAUAAUUCAAGCUCCCAAGACCUUUGAAGAAUUUUGUUCUCUGGUGGAUAAAUAUUCAAAUUCUGACAUUCUUUUGAUUAUCAAUCGAAUUCGGAAAAGCAAUCCCAUCACAUUUGCAGCAGAAAAUCGAAAGAAAAUGCAAGUAUUUUAUGGAGUAUUAUUGCAGUAUUUUGCUGUUUUGGCAAAUACGAAACCAUUGAAUGUUGAGUUACUUAACAUGCUGGUGAAACCAUUGAUAGAGAUGAGUAUGGAAAUUCCAUACUUUGCUGCAAUAUGUGCUCGUCGCCGAAUUGAAAGUACUAGAAAGCAAUUUGUUGAGAGUAUAAAGAACUCAGAAAGUAGCUGUUGGCCUUCUUCAAAGAUGUUGUGUCUCUUGCGUUUAUGGUCCAUGAUAUUUCCAUGCUCUGACUUCAGGCAUCCAGUUAUGACUCCUGUGACAUUGUUGAUCUGUGAAUAUCUGAUGCGUUGCCCAAUAGUAUCUGGUCGGGAUAUUGCUAUUGGCUCUUUCUUAUGCACUAUGCUUCUCUCUGUAUUUAGACAGUCUCGAAAGUUCUGUCCUGAAGCAAUAAUAUUUCUUCAAACUUUGCUGUUGGCAACUACUGAAAGUAAAUAUAUUUCACAAGAAGAUUCCCAGUUAUAUCAUCUUAUGGAGCUGAAAGCUCUCAAGCCUCUCUUGUGCAUACAUGAGACUGUGAAUGAGAUUAGCCCACUGAAUUUCUUUAAGAUAAUAGACAUGCCGGAAGACUCCUCUUUCUUCACUUCUGAUAGUUUCAGGGCAGGCGUAUUGUUUGUAACUGUUGAAACUUUACAAGGAUACAUCAAUGUCUAUGAAGGCUUCAGUUCAUUUCCUGAAAUAUUCUUACCAAUUUUGAGAUUGUUACUCGAGAUAGCAGAACAGAAAAAUAUGCCAAAUGCAUUACGAGAUAAAAUUAAAGAAGUGGCUGAGCUCAUCAAGUUGAAAGUGGACGAACAUCACACUUUGAGGCGACCACUUCAAAUGCGGAAACAAAAGCCAGUACCUAUCAAAUUACUGAAUCCGAAGUUUGAGGAAAACUAUGUCAAGGGUAGAGAUUAUGAUCCAGACCGUGAACGAGCUGAAAUGAGAAAAUUGAAGAGACAGUUGAAGCGUGAAGCUAAAGGGGCUGCUCGUGAACUGCGUAAAGACAACUACUUCUUGCUUGAGGUAAAAGAAAAAGAGAGGUCUUUACUGGAAAAAGAGAGAGUGGAAAAGUACGGAAGAGCUAGAGCUUUCCUUCAAGAGCAAGAACAUGCUUUUAAAUCUGGACAACUAGGAAAAGGGAGGAAGAGAAGGAGAUAACAGUGACUGCCAUCCUGUUGCUUGCAUAUUUUGCAUCUGCAUUGUGUUGAAACCUGUGGGGGCUUUUACCCUUGAUAUUCAUCAGUUCCAGGAAUUGGUUUUGUGCGAUCUAGCCUGGAUUGGAGGAACAUAGUUAGAUUAUUUAUGAUGGUUAUAGGUCCUUGUUUCCGUGCUCACUACUGGAGAGUUGAAGCAAAGCUGAUAAUACGAUCUGGAGAUCUCCUUAUGACUAGGAUUAUGCUCAUUUUUUCCAAUCAUUCUGCUGGAAAGGCAGGUGUGGCUGAUGUACUUACUGAAUUUUGGGGAUUAGGAGAAUCGUAAGGAGAUGCAAUUUUGUCUUAGUUUUUUGUAAACAUUCUCAGCCACUCUGGUUGAACAAAAAUACACAAUUUUGCAAAUGAAUUUUCAAUGUUAUGUCCUCAAUGCCCUGUCUAUUUUUCUUUAUGGAAAACAAAGUGUAAUAUAAUGUGGUUCACUAUUUCCAUGCAGUGGGUAGGUAAUAUAAUGGUUUCAACAAGUUUUAAGC